AUGAAUAGAUCUUUACUGCUACGUUUGUCCGACACCGGUGAGCCCGUCACAAGCUGCUCUUAUGGCAAAGGUGUUUUGACGCUACCCCCCAUACCACUCCCCAAGGACGCCCCGAAGGACCAACCGCUAUACACGGUCAAACUAUUGGUAUCUGCUGGCUCUCCCGUCGCUAGGGAUGGGCUGGUAUGGACCAAUUGUCCACCAGAUCACAAAACACCCUUCAAGAGGGACAAAUUUUACAAAAAAGUCAUCCGUUCCAGUUUCCAUGAGGACGACUGCAUCGACUUGGACAUCUACGUUCCAGGCUCUUACUGCUUUUAUCUCUCCUUCAGAAACGAUAAUGAGAAGCUGGAGACUACUAGAAAAUACUACAUUGUUGCCUUACCUAUGCUCUCCAUAAACGAUCAGUUCCUACCCUUGAAUUCUAUCGCUAUGCAAAGUGUCGUAUCCAAAUGGCUGGGCUCCGAUUGGGAACCCGUCUUAUCGAAAAUCGCUGCCAAAAACUACAACAUGGUGCACUUCACACCUUUGCAGGAAAGAGGUGAGUCCAAUUCGCCUUACUCUAUAUACGACCAAUUGCAGUUCGAUCAAAAGCACUUCAAGUCUCCAGAAGAUGUGGAAAACUUAGUUAAACAUCUGCAUCGCGACCUAAACAUGCUUUCUCUCACCGAUAUCGUGUUCAACCACACAGCGAACAAUUCUCCCUGGCUGGUCGAGCAUCCGGAAGCCGGGUACAACCACGUUACCGCUCCGCAUUUGAUUAGCGCCAUCGAGCUCGACCAGGAACUGCUGAAUUUUAGUAACGACUUAAAGUCCUGGGGCUACCCUACAGAGCUGAAAAAUAUAGACGAUCUUUUCAAGAUCAUGGACGGUAUUAAGGUACAUGUUCUAGGGUCAUUGAAGCUUUGGGAAUACUACGUAGUCAAGGUGCAAAAUAUUCUCCAGGAGAUUAAGGCGCACUGGAAUAACGAAUGUAACGAAAACUAUGAUUUCCCUGAAGACAUUAAAGACGCCUCCUCAGAUUUCGUGAAACUGGCUUCCUUUGUUAAAGAUAAUGUGACCGAGCCCAAUUUUGGCACGUUAGGCGAAAGAAAUUCAAACAAAAUCAAUGUGCCCAAAUUCAUUCAGCUAUUGAAGCUCGUUAGCAAUGACAGCAGCGGUGACAUUGAACCUGCAUUGACCAUCGCUCAGAAUGUCUUGAAUGAAGUUAACCUACCUUUGUAUAGGGAAUACGAUGACGACGUCAGUGAAAUCCUCGAACAAUUGUUCAAUCGUAUCAAGUAUUUAAGAAUAGACGACAAUGGACCCAGAAAGGGUCCAGUGACCGUCGAGGAUCCCUUAACAGAACCGUAUUUCACAAGGUUCAAAGGAAGGGAUGGCAUCGACUAUGCUCUUGCUAACAACGGUUGGAUAUGGAACGGUAACCCUCUAGUGGAUUUCGCGUCCCAGAAUUCCAAAGCCUAUUUACGUAGGGAAGUUAUCGUCUGGGGCGACUGUGUUAAAUUAAGAUACGGCAAGAGUCCCGAGGAUUCUCAGUACUUGUGGGAAAGAAUGUCCAAAUAUAUCGAAAUGAACGCCAAGAUAUUUGACGGGUUCAGAAUCGAUAACUGUCACUCUACUCCAAUACAUGUUGGUGAAUAUUUCCUGGAUUUAGCGAGAAAAUACAACCCGAACCUUUACGUCGUGGCAGAGCUGUUCUCUGGUUCGGAAACCCUUGAUUGUCUAUUUGUCGAAAGGCUGGGUAUUUCUUCUUUGAUUAGAGAAGCCAUGCAAGCUUGGUCUGAAGAAGAGUUAUCUAGAUUAGUUCAUAAGCAUGGUGGCAGACCCAUCGGCUCCUAUAAAUUUGUUCCCAUGGACGAUUUCUCAUACCCUGCGGAUAUCAAUUUGGAUGAAAAACACUGCUAUAACGAUGCAAGCGAUAACUCGAUAAGAUGUGUUUCAGAAAUCAUGAUUCCAAAAAUUUUAACCGCCACCCCACCACAUGCCUUAUUCAUGGACUGUACUCACGAUAAUGAAACUCCGUUCGAAAAACGAACAGUGGAGGAUACCUUACCCAAUGCUGCCCUAGUAGCGCUUUGCUCCUCAGCCAUUGGAUCUGUUUAUGGUUACGACGAAAUUUUUCCGCACUUACUGAAUUUGGUCACUGAGAAAAGGCAUUAUGACACUUCGACCCCUACCAAAGACUCCUCAGUGGGAAUCACCAAGGUUAAGGCCAUUUUGAACUCAAUUAGAACUGGUAUAGGCAAAAAUGCAUACGAUAUUGAAGACUCUGAAAUGCACGUGCACCAUCAGGGACAAUAUAUCACUUUUCAUCGUAUGGAUGUCAAAUCCGGUAAAGGUUGGUACCUGAUUGCCAGAAUGAAAUUCUUCAGCAAUGGUGAUCCCAAUGAGACCUUGCCUCCAGUUGUGUUAAAUCAAUCCAGAUGUUCCUUGAGGUUCUCGUAUGCUUUAGAAAGAGUUGGCGAUGAAAUUCCUGAUGAUGAUAGAUUUAUAAAAGGCAUCCCCACGAAAUUGAAGGAGCUAACAGGAUUUGACAUCUCUUAUGACGAUGAGAAGGAGCUCUCGACGAUAAUAUUACCCGAGGAGUUUCCCCAAGGUUCUAUUGCCAUUUUUGAAACCCAGCAAAAUGGUGUGGACGAAUCUCUAGGCCAUUUCAUAAAAUCAGGUGCUCUAAAAGCGACUUCAAAAUUGACUUUAGAAUCUAUAAAUUCCGUCUUAUACCGUAGUGAACCAGAAGAAUACGAUGUCAGUGCUGGCGAGGGCGGCGCUUAUAUUAUUCCUGAUUUCGGCAAACCAGUUUAUUGCGGACUGCAAGGUUGGGUUUCUGUCCUCAGAAAUAUUGUGUUUCAUAACGAUUUGGCACAUCCCUUAAGUGCAAAUUUGAGGAAUGGUCAUUGGGCCUUAGACUACACUAUCAGCAGAUUCAAUUACUAUAGCGAUGAAGAGGGAAUCAUCGAUGUACAAAACUGGUUACGUUCGAGGUUUGAUAGAGUAAAAAAAUUACCAAGUUACUUAGUACCCAGUUAUUUCGCCCUCCUUAUAGGUAUCCUUUAUGGUUGUUGUCGUUUAAGGGCCAUCCAGCUAAUGUCUCACAAUAUUGGUAAAUCUACACUGUUCGUACAAAGCUUAUCAAUGACAUCUAUUCAAAUGGUCUCCAGAAUGAAAUCUACAUCUAUUUUACCAGGUGAAAAUGUUCCUUCCAUGGCUGCAGGCCUACCACAUUUCAGCGUAAAUUACAUGAGAUGUUGGGGUAGAGAUGUAUUCAUAUCACUAAGAGGUGUCUUACUUACCACUGGCAGAUUUGAUGAGGCCAAGGCGCAUUUACUAGCAUUUGCAAAGACUUUGAAACAUGGUUUGAUUCCAAAUUUACUAGAUGCCGGUAGAAAUCCAAGAUAUAAUGCCCGUGAUGCUGCCUGGUUUUUCUUGCAAGCUGUACAGGACUACAUUCAUAUUGUUCCUGAUGGUGAAAAAAUCUUACAAGAACGAAUAACAAGAAGGUUCCCAUUGGACGACACUUAUAUCCCGGUAGAUGAUCCAAAGGCAUUCAACUAUUCUAGCAGCUUAGAAGAAGUCGUUUAUGAAAUCCUGAGUAAGCACGCUAAGGGAAUUAAAUUCAGAGAAGCUAAUGCAGGUCCAAAUUUAGAUCGUGUUAUGACUGAUAAAGGGUUUAACGUCGAAAUACACGUUGAUUGGUCUACCGGAUUAAUUCACGGUGGGUCUCAAUACAAUUGCGGUACGUGGAUGGAUAAGAUGGGAGAAAGUGAGAAGGCAGGCUCCGUCGGCAUACCUGGAACUCCUAGAGACGGUGCUGCCAUAGAAAUUAACGGGCUUCUGAAGAGUGCUUUAAGAUUUGUUGUUGAGCUAAAUAAGAAAGGACUGUUCCAGUUCACUGAUGUGGAGACCCAGGACGGUGAUGAAGUUAGCUUUGUUGAAUGGAAUCAAUUGCUUCAAGACAAUUUCGAGAAAAGGUACUACAUUCCGGAGGAUCCGGCUGAGGACGCAGAAUAUGACGUGGAUGCGAAAUUGGGUGUCAACAGAAGAGGAAUCUACAGGGACUUGUACAAGUCGGGCAAGCCUUAUGAAGAUUACCAGUUAAGACCAAAUUUUGCAAUCGCAAUGACGGUGGCACCGGAAUUAUUUGUUCCUGAACACGCCGUAAAGGCGAUCACUAUUGCAGACAAAGUGAUAAGAGGGCCAGUGGGUAUGCGCACGUUAGACCCAAGUGAUUACAACUACCGCCCUUACUAUAAUAAUGGGGAAGAUUCCGAAGAUUUUUCCACAUCAAAGGGAAGAAACUACCAUCAAGGUCCUGAAUGGGUUUGGCUUUACGGCUACUUCCUAAGAGCUUUCUACUAUUUCCACUUCAAAACUAGUUUGCGUUGCCAAAAUGCAGCCAAAGAAAAGCCAUCGUCGUAUUUAUACCAGCAGUUGUACUACCGAUUGAAAGGUCAUAGAAAAUGGAUCCAGGAAAGUGUCUGGGCAGGAUUGACAGAGCUAACUAACAAGGAUGGCGAAUUAUGCAAUGACUCAAGCCCCACACAAGCCUGGAGUUCUGGUUGCCUAUUAGAUCUAUUCUAUGAUUUAUGGGAUGCCUACGAAUAA